AUGUUCCUGCAGGAGAGAAGGGGGUCCGAGGAGAACCAGGGGCCCCUGGGCUCCCAGGCCUCAGUGGGGAAACAGGACAAGACGGGGCCCCAGGAGCAAGAGGAGACCCAGGACCAACAGGGGACUCUGUACCUGGUCUGGUUGGAGUGUCUGGGCCUAGGGGCCGGUCUGGACCUCAGGGAGCUGUUGGCGCUGUGGGCUCCGUGGGGCCCUCAGUGCCAGGGGCUAUUGGAGAUAGAGGGGCCCCUGGAGAUAAAGGUCCCUCUGGGGCCCCUGGACCCACCGGGCCCCCAGGGCCACCAGGAGAGCUCCUCCCCUGUGUCCCAAAGAAUCCUGGAGCUCCAGGAGAGAAGGGGGACGCCGGGGAGACAGGCUUGCCUGGGCCCCUGGGGGCCCCCGGCUUCACAGGGGCCACAGGAGCAGAUGGACCCAAAGGUGACAAAGGACAGGAGGGGGUCCCGGGCCCCCCAGGACGACAGGGACCCCCAGGAUCCACCGGAGCCACUGGUGAUGAGGGAGAGGAAGGCUUCAGCUACAGUGGAGAGCCAGGUUCCCCUGGAGGCCCUGGGGCCCCUGGACUUCCUGGUUCUUCUGGAGAUCCAGCUGUGGGGCCCCCCGGGGCCAUUGGGUUCCCAGGUCCUAGGGGCCUCCAAGGACCAAAGGGAGUACCAGGUCCUUAUGGAGCGCCUGGCUUCAGCGGGGCCCCAGGACAACCAGGACUCCCAGGACCCAAAGGAGCAGUGGGGAGCACCAGGGCCUCCAGGCCUGCAGGGUCCCCAGGGGCCCAUCGGCCCUCCAGGUUGUACAGGACAGAAGGGAGACCCUGGUUCCUCAGGAGCCCCUGGGGUGGGGCCCCCAGGUCCCAAAGGAAAGUCUGGCUCCUCAGGGUUCCAUGGUUACCCAGGACAGCAGGGGCCUAUGGGCUCCAGUGGAGACCCUGGCCCCCCAGGCCUCCCGGGGGCCACAGGUGAGAGGGGCCCUAAAGGCAGAGCAGGGGCCCCUGGAGAGCUGGGUUUCAGCGGCAGGACAGGGGCCCCUGGACCAAUGGGAUUCAGAGGAGAGAGAGGCAGUGACGGGGCCCCGGGGCCCAACGGCUUGAAGGGCCUCAAAGGAGAGCUCGGGGCCCCAGGGCCAACAGGGGACUUCUCUGUGUUAGCGCUGAAGGGCCUCUCUGGGACCCCUGGAGACGAGGGACCUAAAGGAUUCACAGGGCCUCGAGGCUUUAAGGGCCUCCCAGGGAGCCCCGGGUACCCAGGUCUCCCUGGAGCUUCAGGAGCCCCUGGCCCCUCAGGUCUCACAGGCAGCUCUGGUAUCAGGGGCCCCCAGGGGACACCAGGGAAGAAGGGACACACAGGCCUGAGAGGGGUACAAGGCUUCCCAGGGAUCAAUGGAGACCAGGGGGACCCUGGACCCCCUGGAGCAAAUGGAGCCACUGGGAACCCUGGUGUCCCUGGACCUAAAGGAGAAACAGGAGAUUCAUCCAGAUGCCCCGGAGAGACCGGGGAGAGAGGCUGCGAGGGGGAGAGGGGAGAGACAGGACCCCUGGGACCAGCCGGGGAGACAGGGGAGGCCGGCCUACAAGGGAUCCCAGGAUGCACUGGGUGUAAGGGAGACCCAGGAGCCCGCGGGAACCCGGGAGACACAGGAGUCCCAGGACCUCCAGGACCCAGGGGAAAACUAGGACCUGCAGGGAUCCCCGGCGAGCCUGGAUCAGACGGACCCCCGGGACCAGAGGGCAGCCGAGGCCUCAGAGGUCCUCCUGGUCCUCUGGGACUCCAUGGUCUGGACGGGCUGAAGGGAGUGAAGGGUGACAUCGGCACCCGAGGUCUGGGUCAACCAGGACCUGAAGGUUCCCGAGGGGCUCCAGGAGACACAGGGGCCCCUGGACCAGCUGGGCCCCCAGGAUCCUCUCAGAGGGGCCCCCCAGGACCCAGGGGCCCCCAAGGACUGACAGGGAGACCUGGUUCCCAGGGACCUGCUGGAGGACCUGGUCCGGUUUGUGCUGAUCCUAAACUUGGACCUGAGGGAGAAGCAGGACCAGCAGGAGCCGAGGGAGAACCAGGAUCCCAGGGGCCUCAGGGGGAGCCCGGUCCUAACCCUCCGCUCCCAGGAGACGAUGGAGACGACGGAGACAACGGCUGCACUGGAAUCAGGGGCCCCAGAGGGUCUGAGGGCCCUAGAGGGAGAGCAGGGGCCCCUGGAGACCAGGGUCCAAGAGGGCCGCAGGGCCAGGCCGGUCUCAUGGGGCUCCCAGGCCCCCGAGGGCCCCGAGGCGCCGAUGGGUUUUCAGGGCGCCCAGGACUCAAAGGCUCUCGGGGGCCUCAGGGACCCAAAGGAGAUCCAGGAGACAGUGACCCCUGCCCCCCCUCCUCCCCGCCCCCCCCAGGCUCCCCAGGACCACAGGGAGAGCCUGGAUUCCCAGGGGCCCCAGGCCACACCGGAGAGCCAGGCUGCAGCGGGAGCAAAGGCUCUAGAGGAGACCCGGGGGCCCCUGGGUUCUCCGGGGCCCCAGGACCGAGGGGCCCCAGAGGAGGACCAGGAGACGAGGGCCUGAAGGGGGACAGAGGGGAGCAGGGGUGUCAGGGGGAUCCUGGGGGACGAGGGGACCAUGGACCCCCUGGCCCCUCCCACACAAAGAGUGCUGGCUUCUUAUUAGUCAUCCACAGCCAAUCACUGAAUGUUCCAGUUUGCCCCGCCCACAUGAGGGCACUGUGGAGUGGCUUCAGUUUAUUGUAUCUGGAAGGACAAGAGAAGGCCCACACCCAGGACCUUGGUCAAGCUGGCUCCUGCCUCCGCCUCUUCUCCACGAUGCCAUUCUCCUCCUGUAGCUCCGCCCACUGCUCCUACUCCUCCAGGAACGACAAAUCCUAUUGGCUGUCUGGCUCGGCGACAGUGCCGGUGCUCCCGGUGGUGGGAGGUGGUAUUGUUGAACACAUCAGCCGCUGUGUGGUGUGUGAGGGGCCAUCCGCCGCUGUGGCCCUUCACUCCCAGGGGCCACGCGCCCCCCAGUGCCCCCCCGCAUGGGCCCCGCUCUGGACUGGCUUCUCCUUCCUCAUGCACACUGGGGCAGGGGAUGAGGGUGGGGGGCAGUCCCUCACCUCCUCGGGGUCCUGCCUGACCCACUUCAGACCGCAGCCCUUUGUGGAGUGUCAGGGGCCAAGGGGGACCUGCCAUUACUUCUCCAACAUCUACAGCUUCUGGCUCACCCGAGUCCUGGAGCCUGACCAAGACCAGAGCAGAGACCACAUUGAAGACCGGAUCAGAGACCAGACCAAAGAUCAGAGUCCGCAGGAGCAGAACAUCGGUCGCUGUGUGGUCUGUAUGAAGACUCUGUGA